CCGGCUUCGGUGUCGCCGCCAUCUUUGUUGAUGUGUCAGCUCCGCGGGGGUCUGGGGAAGGCGCGGCGGAGAGAGUGAGGUCUCCGGCCCUGUCCCCCACGUCUGACCGCCCUCUCCCACUCCCAGUGUGCCGGACUCCGCUAUGGAGAAGUUGGCCCCUGCGCCGGAGCCCCAGCGGCCUCGUUAGGGUGCGGCCUGAGGCUGGGAGAAGUGGGAUGUAAAACAGAUCAGGAGCAGAUUUGAAGAAAUUCAGAGUGAAUUGGUAACAGCAUGUCAGAGACAGAGCACAUAACCUCCAUUUCCUCUGAUGAAAACACCGGGAAAACAUCUGAAUUCAAGGACGACUCAUGCAGUUCAUUUUCAGAUGAUGAAAGCAGCAGCUUAGAAAAUGAGUCGAAACCACUGUCAUCAAACUCUGAUAAACCUUUAUGUCAACCUAAUGAACAUGAUAAUCAAACUGAAGCACAGGAAAAUUCUAUUCCAGAUCAUGGUGGAGGAGAGGAUUCUUGUGCUAAAACAGACACGUGCCCAGAAAAUUCUGAACAAGUAGCUAAUUUUCCUGGUGGAGAUUUUGCAAAGCAAGUUUCUAAAACAAAUGAAACAGAGCAGACAGUAACACGAAUAUUGGCGGAAUUAAGGUCAUCUACAUUUACAGAAGCAGCCAAUCAAAAGACUUUCGCGGAAAGUCCCUAUGAUACAGACUGCACCAAGAAACUUAUUUCAAAAAUAAAGAAUGUUUCCACGUCUGAGGAUCUGUUGGAAGAAAUUGAAUCCGAACUCUUAUCUACAGAAUUUGCUGGUGAACACCGAGUACCGAAUGGAAUGAAUAAGGGGGAGCAUGCAUUAGUUCUGUUUGAAAAAUGUGUACAAGAUAAGUAUUUGCAGCAGGAACAUACCAUAAAGAGAUUAAUUAAAGAAAAUAAGAAACAUCAAGAACUCAUUUUAGACAUUUGCUCAGAAAAAGACAAUUUAAGAGAAGAACUAAAGAAAAGAACAGAAACAGAGAAGCAACAUAUGAGCACAAUUAAACAGUUGGAAUCAAGAAUAGAGGAACUGAAUAAAGAAAUUAAAGCUUCCAAAGAUAAACUAGUAGCUCAAGAUAUUGCAGCUAAAAAUGCAAUUCAGCAAUUGCACAAAGAGAUGGCCCAUCGGGUUGAACAGGCCGGCAAAAAAUGUGAAGAGGCACGCCAGGAAAAAGAAGCCAUGGUAAUGAAGUAUGUAAGAGGUGAGAAGGAAUCUUUAGACCUUCGAAAGGAAAAAGAGAUACUUGAGAGAAAACUUAGAGAUGCAAAUAAGGAAUUUGAGAAAAACACUAACAAAAUUAAACAGCUUUCUCAGGAGAAAGGAAGGUUGCACCAGCUGUAUGAAACAAAGGAAGGUGAAACCACUAGACUCAGCAGAGAGAUAGAGAAGUUAAAGGAAGAUGUCAACUCUCACAUCAUUAAAGUAAAAUGGGCACAAAACAAAUUAAAAGCUGAAGUGGAUUCCCACAAGGAAACCAAAGAUAGACUCAGAGAAACAACAACAAAGCUAACUCAAGCAAAGGAAGAAGCAGAUCAGAUACGGAAGAACUGUCAGGACAUGAUAAAAACAUAUCAGGAGUCAGAAGAAAUUAAAUCAAAUGAGCUUGAUGCAAAGCUCAGAGUUACAAAAGGAGAACUUGAAAAACAAAUGCAAGAAAAAUCUGACCAACUAGAGAUGCAUCAUGCCAAAAUAAAGGAACUAGAAGAUCUGAAGAGGACAUUUAAGGAGGGCAUGGAUGAGCUACGAACACUGAGAACAAAGGUGAAAUGUCUAGAAGACGAACGGUUAAGAACAGAAGAUGAGUUAUCAAAAUAUAAGGAAAUUAUUAAUCGCCAGAAAGCUGAAAUUCAGAAUUUAUUGGACAAAUUGAAAGUUGCAGAACACAUACAGGAGCAGUUUCAGAGAGGUAAACAAGAAAUUGAAAAUUUGAAGGAAGAAGUGGAAAGUCUUAAUUCUUUGAUUAAUGACCUACAAAAAGACAUCGAAGGCAGUAGGAAAAGAGAAUCUGAGCUACUACUAUUUACAGAAAAGCUCACUAGUAAGAAUGCACAGCUUCAGUCUGAAUCCAAUUCUUUGCAGUCACAAUUUGAUAAGCUUUCCUGUAGUGAAAGUCAGUUGCAAAGCCUGUGUGACCAAAUGAAACAGACAAAUAUUAGUUUGGAAAGUAGAUUGUUGAAAGAGGAAGAACUGCGAAAAGAGGAAGUCCAGACUCUACAAGCUGAACUCACAUGUAGGCAAACAGAAGUUAAAACAUUGAGUACCCAGGUAGAAGAAUUAAAAGAUGAAUUAGUAACUCAAAGACGUAAACAUGCUUCUGGCAUCAAAGAUCUUACCAAACAACUUCAGCAAGCUCGAAGAAAAUUAGAUCACGUUGAAAAUGGAAGCUAUGAUAAAGAAGUCAGCAGCAUGGGAAGUCGCUCCAGUUCAUCAGGGUCCCUUAAUGCUCGAAGCAGUGUAGAAGAUCGAUCUCCAGAAAAUACUGGGUCUUCAGUAACUGUGGAUAACUUUCCAGAAGUAGACAAGGCCAUGUUGAUUGAAAGGAUAGUAAGGCUGCAGAAAGCACAUGCUCGGAAAAAUGAAAAGAUAGAAUUUAUGGAAGACCACAUAAAACAGUUGGUGGAAGAAAUUAGGAAAAAAACAAAAAUAAUCCAGAGUUACAUCUUACGGGAAGAAUCGGGCACACUUUCUUCAGAGGCAUCUGACUUUAACAAAGUUCAUUUAAGUAGACGGGGCGGUAUCAUGGCAUCUUUAUAUACAUCCCACCCAGCCGAUAGUGGAUUAACAUUGGAACUCUCUUUGGAGAUCAACCGAAAAUUACAGGCUGUUUUGGAGGAUACGUUAUUAAAAAAUAUUACUUUGAAGGAAAAUCUACAAACCCUUGGAACAGAAAUAGAACGUCUUAUUAAACAGCAGCAUGAUCUAGGACAGAGGACGAGGAAUACCUAACAUAAAGCGCUUCUCAGUAAACAGACAAAGGCCGCAUGAAGAGCACCAGUGCUGUUGGCAAGUUUUCUGUUUUGUGUGUCAGCCAGUAAACAAAGUUGUUUUGCUUCAUUUGCACAAAAAGGUAGCCUUUUACGAUAUGAAUGCAUUGCCGUGUAUACUGUAAGACUGUAAGCUUUGAUGAGAUUUGUUUUUGUAUGGUAUCAUACAAGAGCCUGUUAUUAAAUCAAAAUAAUUUAAUUUGCUAGGAGUCCUAUGAAGUGCUGAACAAGGGCUUUAAAAAAAACCCUACUCCAUAUUUUUUCUCUUUAAAAUAUGUAAUGUCACAGUGAUUCAGCUUUUUAAAAUUCUGCACGAAAAGGGAGGCAUUAGUCAUUCACAGACAUGCUACUUCUCCAGCGUCAAGAAAACUAAAGAAAUGAUGACAGUGUUCAUAUUUUGAAAUUUCAUUUAUAACAUAUGGUUGCGUUUCAGGGAUCAUAUUAGUGCUUAAAUCUUUGUUUUAAUUUUAAUUCUUUUGUUUCAUUUGAAUGGAAGCCAAACUUCACAAGAAAGCUAGGGGCUCAGCCAUGAUCUGGCAUCGUGGUGCCUCUCCCAUGUAUUCGUGUUAGGUACACUCUUUGUAAUCUUUCUGAUUCGGAGUUUAAAAUAUUCUCUCAGAUUUGGAUUGUUUAGUUCAUAGUUGAAUUUUUAAUGUCUUUAGUUACCUAAAAUAUGAUUUUAAAUAGCAUUCAUUUAGAAAAUGCCUGUGGACUUCAGUUACAUUUUAAGAUGGGAGAUGGAUCCAAUCGUUAGGCCAGAGAUGAACAGUGAACUCUUUGGAACUGAGAUAAUUUAGUUUUACUGACAUUAAAUAUACAGAUGAAUAUAAUUGUGUUUAAGGUAUUUAUAAAGAGCCAGUUCCCAAAAGAAACCACCAUGUGAGAGGGACUGUUAACCAUUUCAUUUGAAUACCAUUGUUUAUUAUUGAUAUAGUUAUAUAUUAGAGAGCAGUUAUCAUACAAUUCCUGAGAUCUGAUUAUGUUCUGGUAUUUUUUUUGUGCUUUAGGUGAAAGUUUACAGCUCAAGUUAAUUUCUCAUACAAAAAUUUAUAUACAUAUAAGUCAAACCCAUUGCCGUUGAGUCGAUUCUAACUCAUGGCGACCCUAUAGGACAGAGUGGAACUGCCCCAUAGGUCAAGGAGCACCUGGUGGAUUUGAACUGCCAACCUUUUGGUUCUGGUAUUUUUAUUUAAAACACAAAAUACAUCUCAGUAACUAAAGGAAUUUUAGAGUGAAAUUUAUGUAUCCUGUUGGAUUUUUACAAUAUUUAUCUAAGACAUGCACUUAAAUGUUGCCAGACACAGUAUCAAUAUUUCUGGCAUUGCAUUUUGGUUCACUUGUAAUUUCUCACCUGCUAGAAUUUCUGUGUGUGGUUUUUCACAUUUCAUUAUUUUCAGCUCAUUUCUGUACUAGGACUCCUGGGCCUAUGUGCAGAUGUUGUGGCAAUCCUCACUUUUGUUUUGAAUUUUUGUAUUUUUUGUCCCCUUCAGAGAAGUGAGCUUUGGGGUAACAGAUUUUAGACUUUUAAAGAAUUGUAGUGUUCUAAAAGUUGGGCUGAUGGUGGCAAUGGUCCUUUAAUGUGUUUUAGCAUUUCUUUUUUUAAUCAGCUUAGCAUUAUUUUAAAGGAUAACGUAUUUACUAAGGAUUAAAUGAUCUGAUUUAGUGUCUUAUUUUUUCUGUGUAUUGAGUUGUAUGUCGUCCAGAAACAAAUAAUUUUUUCACUUCAGAAUGAAAAUUGAAGUUCAAAGAAGUUUUAUUUUUUAAGUAGUUGAAAAGUAUUAGUCUUAACAUAACAUGACUUGCUUUUUUUUUUUUUAACCAAUAAUAACUUACCAAAAUAAAUAAAGGAGGGUAAGUGCAAUCAAAUGUGAAUUAUUUUCCCAUUUGUUUCUAGGCACACUAUUGACACUCCCAAAGACUACUUAGAGUAGCCAAGGUAACAAAAUUUUUCUGGCUUCUCAGGUGAUAAUGGAUUCAUAAACUGCAAUUUUUUUCUCCAAGACACGUCAGAUCCAUAGUGUCCUUUGUCUGUACAUUUUUUAAAAUAUAUACAUAAUAGACAAAAAUCAGACAUUCCAGUAUUAACAAUUAUGCCACCAUCCACAUGGAGAAGUUGAAGGCAAUACGAUGUUAGAGGAAAGCCAUUUUAUUUUAAACCAUAUUUGGCUGCAUUAUUACUUUUCUCCCAUAAAUAUAAGAAACUAUGGAAAGUUUUGAAAAAGGUAUUUUAUUUUCCUUUUGUUCUUCUGGAGCCCUGGUGGUGCAGUGGUUGAGAACCACAGCUGCUAACCAAAAGAUUGGCAGUUCAAAUCCACCAGCCACUCCUUGGAAACCCUAUGGAGCAGUUCUACCCUGUCCUGUGCGGUCGCUAUGAAUCAGAAUUGACUCAACAGCAAUGGUUUUUUUUUGUUUUUCUGUAUCUACUGUAUCGUUUUGUAUAUGGAUCAAUCAGGACGGAGCAAAAUAAUGUACAGGAAGGAAUGUGUAUGUGUCAGCAAUAUUUAUACUAAUUUACAAACAGCUCCUGAUGUAAGGAUUUAGAAGGACUUCUACCUCUUACUAUAUUGAGUAUAUGAAGAGAUGAAUAGAAUAUCUGGGAAAGGAAAAUGGUCUGGGUGAGCUGAGAUGUGGGGCCAUUCAUUUUGUAUGUUCAGUAUUUUCUUUAGUACACAUCAAAGAGUAUUUUGGUUAGGUAGCAGUGUUCUGGUUUCUUUGGGCAAGAAAUGAUUUGUUUUUUGUGUAUAUAUGUACACUCCACUAAACCCAUUGCCGUCGAGUGGAUAGGUUUUAAUUUUAAAGUGGACACUUAACUGUGAUUCCCUGUUUUUCCAUGCCACUUCAAACUUUAGCCUAAGUUUUAAGGAUUCAAAGUGGUGCAUUUGGAAUGAGUGAACUUUUUUUUUUUUUUUUUAACUUUUUGUCUUCAUAACAGUUUAAAGUGAUUUUAUGAUAAGACUAAUUUUCUGAUCCCUAAUUAUAUGUAGUUUGGAAUAUCAGUUCAUUUAAAAGAUCAUUCAGCUUUGAAUAUUCUAAAUGCAUAGUAUCUUUCAGACCAGCCUGUCUCAUUUUUAGCUAUUAACCGAAUAAUAAAAUCCAUUAAAUAGCUUCAAAAACUUGCUCUGUAGAAGUCUUUCCAGUCAAAAUUGGCUUGAAGUUAAAUUUUCUUAGGCUACCAACAUGAUUAGUUCAUUUACUGAACACCUAUUGUUGCCAGGCACCAUACAGGGUAUUAAGAUGAUAUUGGUGAACAGAUCAGACAAGGGAGUUCCCGCCCGCACAUUGCUUAUGAUCUAGUGAAAAUAGUUGGGAGGCAAUAGGAUCAGGGCCUCUGCAGCUCACAGCCAGCCCUUGUAACUGGGCUGGAAAGAGGUUAACCGACUUGUGCAAGUUGAUGGUCCAGAAUUCCUUCUCUGACGUGAUGUUCUGGGGAAAGGAAUCCUUGCUCAGGUAUGCUGAAAGGUGAUUGCUGUUUUCAUGUGGUUCUUCACAUUUCCUGACUUUCGUCGGUUUGGUAUUUAAUUUACUGUUUAAGAAGAAGGAAAAAUCCAAAGACUGUAAUGACAUUAAAUUUUUGCCAUUUUAGUAAAUUAUUGCCUACUUUCGAUGCUUAUAAAGAUGAAUCCAAUCACGUUAUUAUGCAUGUUUCUAAACUUUGUUAUGAAAUAUUAUUUUCUAAAGAUUUUUACCUGUAAAUUUAAGACCAAGAUUUACCAGUAGGAGGAAAAAAAUCAGAAACCAUUGAUAUUGUAAAUGUUAUAUAUGCCACCCUGAUAAUAUUUUUAUAUAAAUCAUGUUAUUCAGUAUGCUUAAUUGUGCCUAAUGAAUGUUGACUCCAGUAGUCUAUUUUUCAAUAACCUAGUUUUUUUUUAAAACAAAACAAUUCUUUUUUGACACUAAGAUUGUUAAUUUUUAACAUACCAGUUGGUGGCACUAGAAACCUGAAAUUUGUCAAAGCUGAACAAGAGAAAUAAUUAAAAAAGAAUCCAAAUAUAAAGAAUUGUCUGGAAAAUUAUGGGACACAAUUGUAUAUUAAAGAUGUAUUUUUCUUCCGGAAUGAAAUUCUUUUUAAAAAGACACAUAUGGCUAUCCAUUUUGACUCCGGUGAUGAAACUUGUUUAUCUUCCGAAGUUCAUAUAUAUAUGUGCAUUGUACAGAUAAUCUUUAGUUUGAUUACGCUGUUGAUUUUGUAAAUAUGUUUCUGUAUAAAGUGAAACAUUUCAAGAGAAUCCUGUGUAUAUAUUGUACUUAUUAAAUAGGUAAUGCCUGUUAUACCAAGUUGUAUUUUAGUGGCAUCUUUGAUUGUUUGUUUACAUACACCACUUGAUAAACAGACUGAUUUUCCAGCUUGUUGGCAAGACUCAUUCAGAUUUCCUGAAUUGUCUAACCAGACCAGGAAUAUUUGCUUUCCAUGUUUGUCUUUUUUCUACCAAUUAUGGAUUAGAAGUCAAUGAAAAGUAGUAAGCAGAUUAAGUUGGAUGGCAGGUUGUAUUUUAAAUUUUUAUUUCAAUUAUUGAUAGCAAAACUUGGGUCUAGGCCUAUAAGCAUGUAAAAAUUUCUUUACUGAACUUGACAAGCCAGUGAUGUGUUCGGAUCUGAAGACUGAAGUAUUUUCCACCAUACUAUGGAAUUUACUUGUCUAAGCUAUCUAGCCUUAAUGAUAAAUAACAAGUUCAAUUAAAAAAAAAUUAAAUGGUAUUAAUUUCAUCAGGUUAAUAUAUUUCCUAUCACGACAUUUCCUAUCACGAGGUGGUGUUCUCCACUUCUCUAACAGUUCGGGUACGCUUAAAGUAUGCCACAUGCCUUAAGGAGCUCACUGCUGGAGGGGAUCCUCUGAAAUCAGUAGCCUUGGAAUAAAGGUAAAAUUAAUGCAGUUGAGGAAGUUUUCCUGACACCCUUAAUGGUUUGCCUUCAGUGUCGCAGGGAUUUGCUUGCAAGAGAAGGGGAGGUAUAGGGGAAGAGGGUCAGAUAGGGAAAGAGAUAACUGGCUUGUGGUUCUUAAUUUCUGAGAAGGUGAUGAUUAUCAAAAGCAGCUUUUAGCGCCACCCUUCUAUUCUCAGCUAUGUCCAGGUACCAGUCAGGUACCAGUCAGGUGGUCAGUGUGACCCACAGUCAUGAGAUGGGAGGGCCAUCCUGAUGAAAAUAUCUAAGUCUCUCCCGUCCCCCCUCCACCCCACCUUUUUUUUUUUUUAAACAAAGUUAGCUUAAAUCAAAGAAUGCCCCUUUCAGGAACAACAACUCGGGAGGAUUCUUCUAUGGCUGACCAGUGUUAAUGCUGAGUUUUAAUGAUUCCUUCUAAGAACAGUGCGACCAGACUUGUUGCUCCUGCCCCGUAGAGAUGCACAAUUCAUUCCUAAAUUACAUUUGAGAGACGUGAUUCUCCUUUUUUUUAAACCUCAGGAUGGAGGGGAGCAUACAUUUAAGAGGUAUUCUAUUUCUGAGGAAUUCUCAGCCUUUUUUAGGGGAAGGGUGGGGGAGAGGAAGGUAUGCCUAAGGCUAUGCUUUUGCCGGUUAGACUCUUGUGUUUUUUUUUUUAAUUUUUUUUUUGAGUAGACCCGACCCCAUGAACAAUGGGAUCAGACUGUUGUGAUCCGUAGGGUUUUCACCAGCUGACUCUGGGAAGUAGAUCAUCAAGCCUUUCUUCUUAGGCUGACUUCAUCUUGAAGCUCUGCUGACAUCUGUCCAGCAUCGUGGCAACACGCAAGCCUCCAUUUCUCUAUUAAUUAAAAAACAGUGGGAGCAAGAAAAAAGACUAUCAUAAAAAAUGUUGAAGGAUACACAUACCUAUAUGUGUGCCAUAAAAACUUUUUGCUUUACUGAAAUAAAAUUUAUAGCAAAGUGAAGAAAAAAAAAACCCAUGUGUAUAUGUAAAGAAAAAGUUCUCAGUGGACGCAUAUCAGAUUCCAUAGUGGUCUCCCGAGUAGUGGUGGAAUUCCGUUUUUUACUUUAUAUUCUGUUUUAGAAAAAAUUUUUUUUUCAAUAAGUAUGUACUAUUUUUCCUAUGGUUGACUUAAAAAAUCCUAAGAGUCAUUUCCCUUGCCUGGCCCUAUAGAGUAGAUAGUAAAAGAAGAGGGGAUGUGGAGAUAGUAUGUGUUGUCUAAAAAGAUCCAUUUGUUCAAUUUCCUCUUUCCCUUGGAUGAAAUCGAGUUUGGAAAGAGGUAGGAAGAGGUAUAUUGCUGAAAUCGAGCAACUGUCACUUAAGCAGCUUCCCCUGAGAAGAUCUAGAAUCCAAUUCUGGUUUCAGGCAUUUGUUUUCACUUUCGGACUGCUGCCUGGAGACCCUGCAGCCUAAUCUCGUCUCCGACAGUAGAAUGGUGGCCCAGUGAGCGAGCACGCCGGGAGCGUGAAUGUGCAUUGUGCGCUUAGCACUCCAUUCAACCCAGCCCCAUCCUUUCUGCACCACCGCCCAGGUGUCAUGUUCAGGUGUUCAGAUGGCUGGAGCUUUUAAAUUCAUAAUUGUAUGACUGUCUCAUACAGAUUCUGCCCUGAGUGCUGGCCCUGUUGUGCAAAUACAAUGCGUCGUUUUUAGGAAUGGGGAAGAAAAGGGAGAAAAACCGCUACCAGCAUUGGGAUUUUUACUAAAGCCAGGAAAAGGGAGGUGUUCGCAUGAAUUGCACCCUACAUAUAACCUCCCUUGGAAGGAAGUCCAGAUGGUAUUAUGUUUCUAGCCACCUUUUUUGUAGUAGGCAAGCAAUAGUGUCCUAAUGAAGAUACAAAGGGGACAAGUAGCUGCCUCAGCUCAGCACAGCACCUCUUGCCUCUGCCAUGGAAUUGACUCCCUUUGAAGUUUAAUCAGGCUUCAUCAUUAUUAUUUGGGGGGGAUUCUGUGGUGAUUUCAAAGAAAUAUAAAUAACUCAGUCACUGCUCCUAACUAAAAUAACUUGUGUUUUGAUCAAACAUUGGCUCCAGAUUGCUGCCACUAAGACUGGGCCAUUAUACUAAGCAAGAUACACAUGUCAAAUAAUUUUUCCAUUCUUUUCUAGGUUUCUGUCUGCUUUUGGAUUCACUGAGUAUUUUUAAUGAUUCCAUUGUAUCUCCACUAUUGGUUUAUUGAGGAGCCCUGGUGGUACAGUGGUUAAAGCCCUGAGCUGCGAACCAAGAGGUCAGCAGUUUGAACUCACAAGCCACUCCGCAGAAGACAGAUGUGGCAGUCUGCUUCUGUAAAGAUUGACAGCCUUGGAAGCCCUAUGGGGCAAUUCUGCUCCGUCCUCUAUGGUUGCUAUGAGUCGGAAUCAACUCAAUGGCAGUGGUUUGAUUGGGUUUAUUGGCUUAUUAUUUAUACAUCUUUUUAAAAAUUUUUAGUGGUUGCCCUAGGGUUUACGAAGUAUCUUAAAAAUUAGCAAUGCCUCACGGUUUUGUGUGUCAUCUUUGUGCAGGAGCUAUGCUAAUCUUCUGUGAUCAACACAAAUUUACUACACAGGCUGCUGAAGCGAGCGCCUUUCCUAGGUUUUCUUCUGCCCUCCUUAGCUGGGUAUCAGAGUUGGUAAUCAAAGACCAUCAGGCCCUUUAGAACCACAUAUCUCAAGAGAUGAAAGAGGACUUCGAGAACAGCUAGUCAGAGCGACCUGACUUUCCGCUUCCACGGACUAAUAAAAUUUCAAAAACAAAAUUCUGAGGUGGCUGACUUAUUUUGCUAAAUAACAAUAAAAGAUAAUUACCAUUUAUUAUCAGCAUAACGUCAUUAAACAAACAAAUGAAAAAAGUUGCUUUAACAGUAAAAAAGGUUGAAAGGGUCAACUUUUAAAUUGAAGUGAGUUUAGCACUACGGAAUACUAUGUUUCUUUUUCUCACCUCACUGUAGUCCGGUAUUUGGACAGCCCUGAUCCAGUCCCAACCCUUGUUAAAAGAUGAUGAAAAAAUGCCCCUAGGAGGAAGUGAUCACCUGAGGUCAUACCUAGGCAGCCUUUCCUGGCUCUCCAGACACUGCUGACCCUGAUCAUGCCUCAAACACAACCACACUCCUGUGGUGCUUGGAACCAAAUGAAUGAAGGGAGCUCUGGAGACGGAAGAUGUGUUCCUGAUCGAUUGCCUCUUGGCUCCAAAUGCAUGCUUCAAUAUCUGGUGGUUUCUCUUUAAAGUCAGCAUGAUGUUAAGCUUUCUCAGUAGAGGGUGCUAGAGGCCCAUUGCAGAAGGAAGAGGCUUCCUGAAGUUUUCUGGUAUGUCAGCACUGUGAGUGUGGGGACAUCCGCUGGAGCCUGCCCCAGCCACAGGUGCAAAAAAUGACCCCUCUGCAGCCUUGCAGCCUUGGCCUAACAGUAACCUUUCUGCAACCUUUUCAACAUGAAAACCAAAACCCCUGUUGUGGCCUACGCACAGCCACCUGCAGCCCAGAGGGUCGCACACCAAGCACCCCUCCCUCUGCAAGCCUUCUGUCCCAUCUGGUGCAGACUGCCACUGCAUGCCCAGGUCCCUGGUUGCUGACUACCUUUUCCCCUUCUGCACUCUGGAGAAUGGCAUACUGCUUGCCCAGCACAUCCAGACUGGCUCCAGCCUGGCCAAAUCAGCAAAAUUCUCUGCUAUCUAGUGGGCUGAGCCAACCUUCUCCAAUGAGGUCUAAAUGCCAUCCAAGUUUGUAUUUCCUUGGAUACACUCCUUCAGCCCUAUGGUGCCACAUAGUUUCCUUGUAUCUUAUACUCUUCUAUCAUAAUUAGUAAUUCUUUGCAUUAAACUUCUUCAAUUUAACCUACUAUGUGGUUUCUGUCUCCUAAAUGGAUCCAGACUGCUACCCAGGAUGAGGGUGAAAUAGGUUGAAAAGGCACAAAGGCAAGAGGUUGCUCUUCAACACUCAAAAACAAUGUUUAAAGACUUUAAAACAUUUCUUCUCAUUCUGUUAACACAUUCAUACAGCAUCACAUCUUUUUAUGUGCAAGGCACUAUGGGAGACGAGGCAAGUACUAUACUUAGAACAAGGUGGGAAGAAAUUGGUGCCCUAAGAUAGCACUGGGACACCUGGUGGUGCAGUGGUUAAGAACUUGAUUGCUAACCAAAAGAUUGGCAGUUCGAAUCCACCACCUGCUCCUUGGAAACCCUACAUGGCAGUUCUGCCCUGUCCUAUAGGGUCGCUAUGAGUAGGAGUCAACUUGAUGGCACCUAGUAACAACAAGAUAGCACUGAUUUUGGCUGGAAGAGACAAUAGUUAAGAAGGGCCUCCCUGUCCAAGGUAGAAAUUGAACAUAUGGAAAGAAGAUGAGAGGGGAUUCCAGGUGGAAGAAACCUCCAUGCCUUCUGUUCAGCACUACAGGUGUCACAGAGAUGGUGAAAUGCCCAAUACUGUGGUUAGAGCUCAAGCUGGAUCAUAUUCUUGACACAAAACAAUGGAAUCUCUUUUGCCAUUGCCAGCUUUUCUCAUGUUCAGUAACCAAUGACAAGACUCAUAAGAGUCAGUCCUUAGGAAGUUAUGUAAUUAACAGGGUAUGAAUAGCCUCGAACGCCGCACUAAGCCAGUAAACUGAGUAACGGGUUUGCCAAAAAAGCUGCUUCCUGAGAAGGCCAUGGACCAGGGCCCAUUCUCACUAAUACAUUGAAAAAUCUGGUCAUUAAAUUAAAAGAGGAAACCCUGGUGGCAUAGUGGUUAAGUGCUAUGGCUGUUAACCAAGAGGUUGGCAGUUCAAAUCUGUGGGGCAGUUCUACUGUGUCCUAUAGAGUCGCUAUGAGUCAGAAUUGACUCAAUGGCGGUGGGUUUUAUAUUACAAGAAAAAAAAUUUAUUAAAGUAUAAUAAUACAUUCAGAAAAGUGUAAGUGUACAGCUUGAUAAAUGGCCACAAACAACCUAGCUGUGUAAUUGGCACCAGUGGUUUCUUUCUCCUGACUGGACACCCCAAACCUUCCUCAUACUCCUAGCUAUUAAAAGCUGUUACCCACCCUCAAACAGUGACCACUCCUCUGACUUCUAACUGUAUCCAUUUAGUCUGUUUUUUUUUUUGUACUUGAUAUCAAUGGACUCAAAUACACAGUCUUUGGAGUCAACAUUUCCUUUACAAGAUACAUUCAUAUCGUUGGGUAUAUUUUUAGGUCAUUUCUUCUCCUAUAGGAUUUCAUUGUGUAAAUCACUAUUUUUUUUGUUGUUGUCAAGUCGAUUUCAACUCAUGAUGAACUCGUGUGCAGACUAGAACUGUCCCAUAGGGUUUUCAAGGCUGUGACCUCUUGAAAGCCGAUUGCCAGGCCAGUCUCACGAGGCACCUCUGGAUGGGUUACAACCAGGGCCUCAAACCGGUUCAGUCAUGAUCAAUGAAUCAAAACUGAAAGAGGCAUAGUGAGCCCUUUCAGGAGCCUGAUGCAUGAAAUUGGGUUAUUGCCAGGAAUGAGGAGAGCAACACAAGUUCAAAGCGGCAUGGUCAGCCGCCAUUGUUAUUUCCAACUCUGCACAGUAUCUGACAGGCAAGAGAUUUGGUUGCUAUGCAAUGUGUAAACUGCCCUUGUUUUCUAAGAGGGAGAUUAAAUUUCUAGCAGGGCUUUGACCCGUAAUUUUUCCUGUUCCAGUUAUGGUUCUGGGUCACCCAAAUUUAAAAAAUUGGGGUCUGUUCCAGUGUUGCCUCCUUGGCCGACUGAACCGGGAAGAACCAAUUCAAAGCCCUUAUUCAAACUGCCACCUUUCGGCUAGUAGCCAAGGGUUUAACCAUUCGAGUCACCCAGGAACUCCACUAAAUCAGCAAAACCCAUUGCUGUCAAGUCAAUUUCGACUCCUAGCAACCCUAUAGGACAGAGUAGAACUACCCCAUAGGGUUUCCAAGGCUGUAAUCCUUAAAGGAGCGCACUACCACAUCCUUCUCAUGCGGAGCUGCUGGUGGGUUGGAACCACCAACCUUUCAGUUAGCAGCAGGGUGCUUAACCACUGCACCACCAGGGCUGUGCCUGGUAAAUAUUAAGUUCUGUGUGUGUUUAUUAAAUUUUUAUGUGUGUUUAUUAAAUGAAUAAUUGUGGGAAUGUAUGAACAAAUAAACUCUGCUCUGAAUAUACCUCAGCGAAUCCUUUGCAUAUUUUAAGACUCUUGAUAUAAUUUUCCAUCUCUUUUUAAUCAUAGAUAUAAUCCUUAUAUUUAUAAUCAUACUCAUCAUACUUGAACUGAUUCAUUCAACGGAGUACAUGCCCAGCACUGUUCAUUUUUACUAAAGAUUAAAAUAUUAGCAUGAAGCAAGUGACUUCAAAUUAAGGGUAAUUUCAAAAUAGCUUGAGAAAUUAUUUUGAAAUAUUCCUCCAAAAGGGAAAUUUGUUUCUUCUAAAUUUAGCUGGCAAACUAAAUGGGACCCUGUGUCAUUGAGGCAGGACUUCCAUGAGCUGCUUUGGUUACUGAUGGAUGUACCAUUAGCUCUAAAUGCACAGUGUUUUUCCACGCGUAGUUGAGAGUGGAAGUCAGGAAGAAUGAAGGCAGAAAGUAAAUAAGGUAACGAACAAAAUGGCAAGAAAUAGUGACUCAGGCCUAGGCUGCAGGAACUUACUGAGCAGUAAGGGACUCAACAGGGCUUGUAUAGCAAAUCCAGGCUGUUCCAACAAUCUGUCUCGGAGCAUCCUUCAGCCCCAUUGUUUCCUCAGGGACCAUGAGAAAAACUUAGUCCAGAUGAGAGUUUUGAUAAUUCCAGAAAUCAAGUCAGUUAGAUGGAGACCAGUUGCCAGAAAUUAUGGUGGCUAGCAGUUGUUUUGUCUCAAAGAAAUGGCAUAGAGGGUGUAAGACAGAACAAGGAGCACCUUUUUGAGAAGACAUCUACUGUCAGCUGGAGCAAAAUAUGGCCGAUUCAGUGGGUGCAUUACAACAGAGGUCAGGGGCAACUGUCAUGUGAGACACGUGAGAUCAAAGUGCCUGUGAUAGUGAUCGUGGCCUUGAACAGAUAAAUUAAAAAGAAAUCAGCAAGUAUGGCAACACCAGCAAAUGAAUGCCUCUCUGAUAAUAGACCUGGUGCAAUUCCACACUUAUCUCUCUCUUCUGAUGACUUCCAUAAGGGCAGAGGCAAUGCUGCCUCUCCUCUCCUGUUAACCUACUGCUGAAAAUGGCAGAUACUUACUAUAUGUCGGGUACUGUUACAGAUGACCAACGUUUGUGUGAUGUUUAAGGCUGUGUGUCAACUUGCCUGGGCCAUGAUUCUCAGUGCUCUGGCAGUCAUAUGAUGCUGUGAUCACUUCCAAGAUGGGAUCUGCUGUGAGUAGCCAACCAGUUGAAACCGAUUUUCCUUGGGCAUGUGGCCUGCAUCCAAAUAUAAGCGGACGUUCUGGCAAGGCUCAGGGGCUUUUGCUUGUUCUGGAUUCUGCAGCUGGCUCCUGUUCAUCUGACCUCCGGUUCUUGGGACUUGAGCUAGCAGCUAACCUGUAGUCUUGGGAUUCAUAGAUCUUUGCAGCCUGUGAGCAAGAGCCCUGCUCUGUGACCUGCUAAUCCUGAGUUCGCCAGCCCCUGUGGCUACAUGAGUCAGGAGAAGUCUCUAUCCUGACCCACAGACUUGGGAUGUUUCAACCUCUACAACUGCAUGAGAAAUUUCCUUGAUAUAAAUCUCUUUAUAUAAAUUUAUACACUUGACUGGUUUUGCUUCUCUAGAGAACCCAUCCUAAGACAGUUUGUAAUUCAUUUGAUUCUUGCAAACAAACAAAACAUUUUAGAGAUGAACAAGCUACCUAAGUUUAAGCAACAUGCUUGAGGUCACUCAGACAGUAAGCGGCAGAACCAGAAUUCAAACACAGGCCAUCUGACUCAAGAAUCUAUGCUCUCAUCCAUGGCACCAAAUUGCUGGUCACCAGGGUCCUCAGCCCUAACACAGUGCCAGGCACAAAGAGAACACACAAUAACCACUUAUUGAAUAAGCAAAUGAAUUAUAAAUUAUUCGGUGUUCUCUUUACCACUACUUGUCUAAGCAGUUACAAAUUAUAGUCUCAAAAAAAAAAAAAAAAGGCAUAUAAACAAUA